AUGUCACCACACCUCGCACGUUUUUCUGCAUUUCCAACGAGCACUGCAGUUUCUAUGAUGGAGCGCAAAGACUUUAAGCGCAAGGCCCAGGAAAUCUCGGAAUCCCCUCAACUUGUGUCGGAAAAGAUAAGCGAACUAACAAACGUCUUGGCGGAAAGUGAUGCAAUAUUGAGGGCGGAAAUCAGUGAGCUUAGUGAAAAAAUAGGCAAGUUAAAAAAACAACUGACUAUCAGAGAAGAAGAAUGCAUUCGCCUUCAGGAAGAGGUAGCUUUUUUUCAUCCCGACGCAAUCAUUGACAGGGUUCGAACUAAACUUUGGCACCAUGGUGACCUUUCAUUGCUCCGUCGGGCAAUCGAGCAGCGAUCGCGUGUGUUGCGGAGCGUGGAAUCUCGAGGUGAUCGUUCUCUCUAUCUUUGCGAUACCCCUUCUAAAAAGAGUAAGCCGACAAUCAACGGCACUGAAGAUCCUAGUGUUACAACAAAACCUGAGAAAGAGGAGGCAUCAACAUCGCCAACUGCGACAACAGAGCUUGGCAUCAUAAUGGACAACGCUGACACUGAAGAGAAAGACAACGACAAUGCUACUAGUCAGCUGGAGAAUCAAUUGGUGUAUAUUGUGUCAGAUAUCCAAUCCGAUGCAAAAUAG